GUAUAUUGUAGUGAGUUCUUGCUCUUGCUUUAGGUUCCCCUCCUCCCUCCCUGCAGAGCGAAGCGGUUUUCUUUCCUGGUUUUGUACAUUCAAGAGCGUGAAGAACCGCAAGGACAACAUGUGGACAUAUUUUUAUAUAGUGUUUUACUCGUGAAGGGUUCACGAUGGAUACAGGUGGUGGCGACAGCUGUCGGAGACGCACGAGGAACACGCGAGCCUGCAGCAGACAACAGACUAGGGCGCGAGCUGACGAGUCCAGUGUGCUGCGGUGUCUGAGCGUGGGAAACACGGGAGAAGACCAUGACAUGGAGGAGGACAUUGGCCUCUUCAAGCAGGACAACCUGGAGCGGAGGGUCAUGGCCCCCCGCUACAGCCUGCUGCGGGAGGUGGGAAGGGGCACCUACGGCGUGGUGUACGAGGCGGUGGCCCGGAGGUCCGGUGCUAAAGUUGCCGUGAAGAAACUAAGAUGCGACGCGCCGGAAAACGUGGAACUCGCACUGCAGGAGUUCUGGGCGCUGGCGAGUCUGGAGAAGCGGCACCAAAAUGUGGUCCAGCUGGAGGAAUGUGUGCUGCAGAGGAACGGUAUGGCCCAGAAGAUGAGCCAUGGGAACAAGAGGUCCAAACAGUACCUGCGUCUGGUGGAGACGUCACUAAAAGGUGAGAGAGUGCUCAGUCCUCCAGAGGAGCCUUGUUACCUCUGGUUCGUCAUGGAGUUCUGUGAAGGCGGUGACCUCAACCAGUUCAUCCUGUCUCGGCGGCCCGACCCGCAAACCAACAACAGCUUUAUGCUCCAGCUGACCAGUGCCGUUGCUUUCCUGCACGAAAACAACAUUGUCCACAGGGACCUCAAACCUGACAACAUUCUCAUCUCAGAGAAGUCGGGGGCUCCUGUCCUCAAGGUGGCAGACUUUGGCCUGAGUAAAGUUUGCGCUGGUUUAGGAAACACCAGCGAGGGCAAAGAAGGCGAGGACAAGAACAAAAAUGUCAACGUCAACAAGUUUUGGUUGUCGUCGGCGUGUGGCUCAGAUUUCUUCAUGGCUCCCGAGGUGUGGGAGGGUCACUACACAGCUAAGGCUGACAUAUUUGCCCUUGGGAUCAUCAUUUGGGCCAUGUUGGAGAGAAUUACUUUCAUUGACGCUGAGUCUAAGCGCGAGCUGCUGGGAACAUAUGUGAGACAAGGGACGGACAUUGUGCCGGUGGGUGAGGCACUGCUAGAGAAUCCAAAGAUGGUUCUGAACAUCCCACAGAAACGCAGGUCAUGCAUGUCUGACGGAGUGAGGAAGCUGCUGCAGGACAUGCUCGCCGUCAACCCUCAGGACCGGCCCGACGCUUUUGAGCUGCAGGCCAGAAUGGACCAGGUCAUGUGUGCUGCAUGACCCUCAACCAGGUUGUUAUACAGAUACGUGUGGUUCCCUGGUGCUGCUACAUCAGAGAGAGUCUCCCUGUUUUAAUCUGAAGACUGUGAAGAUAAAGGAGAAGCACGGAAAGCAGUUACUCCUGCAGUUUGGAUGCUGAAAUGGGAUUUUAGUUUUUUUUUUGAACUUGUUUACAGUGAGGUCACCUGCCAAUGGUGACAGAGAAUGUUUGUCUUGCCCUGAUUAUUGUAACAAAGCGAGAAACCUUACAUCUGCUGCUGUUAGCGGGGAAGCUUGAUUAAAACUGACGUAGCCACACCUCCAUCAAAGAAUAGAGGUCUGGAGAAAUUCCUAUCAGAAAACACAAAGACACCAUGCGGAACGAGGGACAGCGUUGUUGAUUGGCUCCAAAUUGGAAUCUGUCUUCUUGUCGUGAGCUUAUCUGUAGCUCUAGUUUGUUUUGUGUGUGUUCACAAUUCCACGUGUCCUGCACUUUGAUAAUAUUUAAUGAAACACUGUGACAUCAGAUACACACUCCUACUGGAGUCAUCUCGCUUCAUGUGAUUUGAGUUUAUUGCUAUUUUGUCCAAAAUCUCAGUGAAGUCUGGUCCUUUUUAGAUGUUUUACUGUGCUGACAGUUGGGCUUGCAUCCCACAUGCUUACCUGUCCUGUGUUGGUGUAUCUCCUGUCCAUAGUGUGUUUCAGCAGAGCUCCAGUGAGCAUCAGUGCCAUGUGUUACCCCCAGUGAGUCUUGACCAGUCAGACAGAAAUCAGCGUCACUGCCCCUUUUUCUGUCGUUGGGUUUACAUUUCUCCAGACAUCUGUUAGUUUACACUGAGGUACGCUACAUAACAGUCAUGGUUAGUCAUCAGGAGUGGGUGAUGUGUAAAAAAAAUCCUCCGUCAUGGCAUAUGUAAUGUCAUACUGUCAUAUCAGUAUAUAUGGUGAUACAGUGCAUUAGCCAAAAACAGUUUCAACUGAAUUUCUGGAAUUACUGUGUCACCAUAUAUAUUGAUAUCACAAUCCUAUAUAUUCAAUAUUGUUGUGAAGUAGUCCUGCUCAUUGAUUCACAGCAUCGCCCACAACAUGCUGACGCAACCAGAUCUUUUAAAGGGACAAUUACCUCGGUAUGAACGGUAGAGCAGAAUCAUCUCACAGUAAAAAACGGUCGUCUUUGCCUGUUAGUCACUGGAUAUUUCUAGAUAUUUUUAGCCUGGGUUUUGUUCCCCUGUUUUUACUGUCAUACUGUGAUCAUUUUUUUUCAUCAGUCUGUCAGCCUGCAGGCAGCGCUGCUCUUCAGUCCAUAGGGAUCAAUGGAAACUCAGUCGCACCGCAAAUCAAUCCAGACCUCCCCUUUCCACACUGUGGCACCUUUUUUUUUUUAUUUCCACAUUUCCAAGGUUUACAUCAGUGUUGCAAGCAGUUUGUCCGGAUCACCGUAACACAGUCAGCAGAGCAGGUUUCACUGAACAUGUAGUGGCUGAGUGAUUUCAGUACAUCGUUGGACCUGCUCAUGGAUCUGUUGGAUGUCAUUUUUAUUUGUUGGCAUGAAUGCAAAAGCUGGGACAGCAAAGCCCACCCUCCCUCCCCAACAGUCUUUACAAACAGAAAUGUGAAAUGUGAAAACAGCUCUGUUCAUUAAUACUGAUUGGAAAAGCAAAAAUGUGUUUAAAAAAAAAAGCAUAAACAUGUCCCAAAUUAGACACUCAUCAUAGAGUGAAUGUUAUGUUUUGAUAUGGAUUAUAUCUGGAGACAUAGAAGCUUUUAAACUGAAGUUUUUUGGCAUGCCCUACGUUAUUUUGCCCUACGUCCUUGCCUUUGACUAGAAACUGUGUGUUGAAAGCAGAUUUAUUUGAUUAUCUGUCAUUUAAACUAGACUUCAUGGUCAGUGCGCACCUUUCAUUUCCACUCUAGUCUAAUUCUUUAUACCUUUGGUGCCUUGAAAUCGCUAGUCAGAUAAGAUUUGGCUCAAGAUUAGCUGGUGUAUUUUUCUUUGAUUUGGCACUCCCAAUAUGUUGUUCAGGGUGUAUGGUCUUGAUGAUUUAGUGUCUUCAGUAUUUAAAAUGUAAUUAUGGAUUUAAUUUGCCCCCCAAGACGAAAAUGUUUUCCAAAAUUCCCACAUGGUAAUUUGAAAUAAUUUACAUUAUUUUACUGUUUUAUUUUGUUUUACAUAUUUAAAGGGAACUGCGGAUCUCCUGUUUGAACAGGCGCCAUUCAUGUUCAAGGAGCGAUUCUGUGAUUAUUCCAUAAUGUUUAGGAUGCAUUAGAGGUUAUGAACUGUUAAUCAGAUUUAUUUCUUCUUGGGGAAUGAUCGCUCUAAAUGUAAGUGUUGUUUAAAUUAAUGGCAGGCCUUUGAGAGUUGUUAUUGUGCCUGUGAUCAAAAUCAGAAUGUGGAAGUGAAGAAGCAUUUUUGAACAUUUGUAGAAUGAAUGAAAAGCAGCUGAAUAUUUUAACCCAGUUGAUAUUUUUGCCCCGGAACCAAAGAUUGGAAGACUGCAGAAUCUGAAUGAGAGGUUGUGCUGGAGUCUGUCACAUGUUUUGCUGAACUGAAACCCUGAAUAACUCAGAAGAAUCCUUUUUUCUUUUUUGAUUGUACUACCUCGUGUUUCUGCACAUUUUCUUUACUGAGCCAUUGUUUAGGUUUUUUUUCCAACAAACACAUUCCUCAGUUAGAGACAAAACCUGGCAGAUUUCAAAGCUUUUAAUUUCAAGUCAUCACAGUAUUUGUUGGGUGUGUACAGGUUUCCUUUUUGUGAUAAUGUGUUUAAAAAGUGUUGGAUUGUAAAUGCAUCGCAGGGGUUCAGAUUAAGUGACAUUGCUCUUGACUUCUGUCAGUCGCUUAAUAGUUUCUGUUUUACAGAUGCAUUGUGAGAUAUGCGUUUACAACGAUACAGAUGUUUACACACCUUUAGCUCCACACAGGUCAUGAUGUACUUGGUUAAUUUCUUCAACUUCUGUGAAUAAUGUACCUCAAUUCCCAACUUUUGUUUCACUAAUGUAUGAAUAUUUUAUUGCGCAGGGUAGAAAUGAUAAUCUUGAGCUGGAGAUGAGCUAAUGGUGGAGUAGAGCUUGAGAUGAACAGCUUACACAGAUUUUUAUUCUUAAGAUUUUAUUCUGAUUUCUGAGGAAUUGUUAUUUUACUUUAAUGUAGAGGAAUGUAUGUCAUCAAUAUCAAAAGAGAUUGAAGCAAACCCUUAAAAUGUUUCCCUCCAUGUCCAUGUAGCUGCCUCUGGAUAGUUUCCUUUGGUGUUGGGGACACUGGUAUCCACCUGUUUGGGGAUGUUUGUUCAUAAUGUAGCUGUUAAUGUGUGCAGGAACACCAUGUUUGACUAAACGCUAUUUUACAUGCAACACUCUUCUAUGCAACUUUGCCUCCCUCAUCCUGACAGGAGCUGUACUCGUUGGACUGGAUGUUGUUGCGUUCAGGUGGAUGUAUGACCCUUUAUUUCAAUAUAUUUUCAGUCCUUGGUUGUACAUGUUACUAAAGCCAUUUGCUUGAAUGAAAACAUGUUUUUUUUAUUGCUGACUUUGUACAUAUCAGAGCUCUGUUUCAAUAAAGGUUGGAAAUACCUCAAA